AUGCCUGAGAACAAAGGCACCAGCGGUGGCUACCAUUACACUGGCUCUGGCACCAACAGCCAGGGCAACCACUACUGCUCCCGCGACUACGGCUCCUCCGCUUCUAAUCAGAACUCCUACCACUACUCGAACUCGAACGGCUCGUACUACUACUACAACGCCAAUGGCAGUACGUACUACAACAACGGGCAGGGUGGGUCGACGUAUACGCCCUCAUCUGGUGGAAGUGGUGGGAAGAAGUAA